GAUAAGGAUCGCGCGGCCGCCGUGAACAUGGGCACCACGGACAUAAAGCAGUCUUUGAAGAUGAAGCAACGCCAGGAUCGCAGCAGGAGUCUGCAGAUCCCGGAGGAGACCGAACCUGGGGCAUUGCUUACGCUUGGUUUGCGUGAGAUGCGUUUCGGCGAUGUUAAUGUGGCUAUUAAUUGCAUCAAUAAGGCACUGGAGUUGAACCCGAAUGAUAAGAAUGCCUUAAUAGCGCGAAGUAAAUGUCAUCUUUUGCUGGGUGAUCCGCAAAAGGCCCUGGAUGAUGCCGAAGCAGCAUUACGAUUAAAUCCUAAGGAUUCCAGUAAAUCCAAAGCAGUGUACUGCAAGGCGGAGGCUCUUUAUCAUCUCGGCGACUUCGAAAUGAGUUUAGUGUUUUAUUAUCGUGGAAUGAGAAUUCGUCCGGAAUUCGGCGAAUUUCGUCUUGGUGUUCAGAAAGCGAAAGACGCGAUACAGAACAUGUUACGUAAGAACAAAUAGUAUACGUUGUUUGUCAGAUGUUAUUAAUCGCUUGUUGACUAAAAAGAAUCUUUUAAGUCUUAAUUCUCUUCGAUACACCGCUCAAUAUCUGUUGAAUUCGUUGCGUGAGAAAUGUAACAAUGGUUCCGAAAAAUAAUUGAUAUUUCAAUUUAUUUGUAAAAUUAUAACUUAUUUAUGGCUCAGUAGAAUAAAAGUAAUUUUCUUGAAUCUUAUAGUUUUUGUAGUUUUCGUUGUAAUAACUUGUAAUAUAGGAAAUAUCAUAAAUUUUUGAAAACAAUUAUCCUUAAUUAUUUUAAUAUAUGAUGUAAUAUAAUAUAUAAGAAAAAGAAAUGUGCGAGAAACAUGCUGUAUACGUAAUCAAAUUUCUUUUUAAUCCAUCGUAAAAUCCUUUUUUUUUGUAUUAAAGUUUAUUUAGAAUAUUUUUGUUAAUCCAAUUCACGUUUAUCUAAUUUUGUUAAAUUUAUUUUUUUAAACGAAAUUAUAAAAAAUUAAGUUAUGUAGAGAGUAAAGUUUCUUUGCUUCUUUUCACAGAUAAUGAUUAAUUGCUAAACUUUUAAAUUAGGCUGUUUCGCUAAUCCUUUUUGUUUCUUGUUUAUUAAUGUUAAUUUUUUUAAAAGAAUUAUUAAACAAAACAAAGGUAUACAAAGCAAAGCUUUUUCCUAUUUCUGUUUUUGCACGUCUUCCACGUUAGAUAAUUAUGUAGUAAGUAAUCGCUACUUUAUCGCACAUAGAUAAAGAGAUGUAGUUACAUUCAACAAAAAAAACAACUUUUGCAACUGUUGUAAGAGUUUUAAUAUAAUUGGUUUAUACAUUUAUAUUCACACGAGGGAUCACCCUAAUGUAUAAACUAAAAAAACAAAAAUUAAUUAUAUUAAGGAACAUAAUGUUACUUACAACAGUUUCCAACUUUGACUUGCAAGCACGUAAGCAACUAUCUCCAUCACAGCAACAUCCCCUCCAUCAAAAAUUAUAGCCAUUGUAGUAACGCCAGCCCGAUUAAUGCCACUACUAGUGGCUACAUUUCCAUGAUGGAGGGAUAUUGCUGUUAUGGGGAUAGUUGCUUGCGAAUCAGAGUUGGCAACUUAGCCAGUUAGCCCUGCAACAGUACCAAAGUUGCUUUUUCUGGCUGAAGACAUGUAGUCGCUCCUAUGAAUUGAAUAUGAAUUUACCGACGCGAAGUCAGAGAGAAUGUACAUUUUCAUUUCUGAAAUUAAUGCAGAUGUCAGGAUCAGAAAAUAUUUCUCUCCUUCUAUUUCAUAAGGAAACUUCAGGACUCAACUCGCAAUAUGACUAUUAAUUAUAGGUGUACUUUGGAACGAUAACUUAAAGAAUGUGAUGUACUUUGAUCCUGUUGACGAGUGGGAAUUGUGUUCAAAACGGCCACAACGAAAAUACUUGUGACACUUCUUUAGCUGUCGAUUUGCAAUCGACGUUGAUCCAAUUCUCGGUUACCUUUCGGUCACAGCACGUCAGAGAACUAAGUUGAACGACGUUUGACACGCCAGCAUAUCACAAA